AGUGGCACAUUCCGAGUAUUGUUUCCAGCCGCAAAGGACGUACUUUUUGCGCUUUUCCACGGUGCGGUCGCUUUAUCUAAAAGGGUGUGUGUGUGUGUGAGUGUUUGAGAAAAUAAAACUCUAUCGGGGUUGUGGGAAAAUUGCGAAGAAGUGCAUUUCUAAAAUUAAAGGACUUCCACGGGCUUGUGGUUUCGCGUAGAUUGUUGGGUGGAAGAAGGAAAUUGACUGGAAAGUGGCGAGGAAGAGUGGAUGUUAAGUGUGUGAAAAUCGUUCAACUCUCUCCCCUAUCCUGGGGUGUCCUGUAAUUGGUUCGGUGUGUCUUGGGGCUUGUUUGGAGGAAUGAUUUUCCUAGCCCCGGUUCGCACUUGAGUGAAUAUAAUUGAUUUUUAAUUAAGUUGAUUACCGGUGUGGAAAAACCGGAGGAGAACGAGAAACCGAUUAUUCGUACCUGCGCUAAUAGAAAAAAUUGCGUGAAAAAAGUUAGCACGUUGUGCCAUCCAUUUUCGCCGAGUGAGGAACAGUGAAAAUUCGCAGAACGCAAUUAGUGGUCACAUUUUCCCUACCCACCCCGUACAAAAGGAUAAAAGACACACGCGAAACGAGGCCACUCUCGUCACACGAAAACAGCAGCGAUGACGCGAUCAUGGAACACAAUCAUCGUAUUAGUCAUCUUUUUCUCAUCGUCAUUAGUAAGCAAUAAUGCAGCUCCUGCAUCGAAACCGACUGAAGCAAUCACAUCGACCGGAAAUGGUGAUCCACAGCCAGAGCUAACCGGCGUCGAUGAAGAAGUGUUGGAGCUAGAACAUCUAAAGCACCCACCGGUAACGGCAGCAACGCCACCAGUGAGCAGUGGGGCAAACACGAAGGAGGAGAUCCUGCCCCAGCUCGAGAAGCAACUGGAGGAAGAAGCACAAGCCUCGGCGUCGAUAACCUCGUCGGAUGAGGAUGAUGCCGCUGGGGAUGAUGUGGAUGACUCUGAUGACGAUGAUGGUGACGAUGAUGCCGACGCUGACGAAAAUGAUGACAGUAAUGAUUACGCCGAAAAGUUGGCCAAAGCAUCGGAAAGCAUGUUGUUGAAAACUUUGGCCGAGUAUCACCAUAAGCAGCAGGAACAGGACCAGACAACGACCGACGACAACAGCAAGCUAAUGAAGUUACUUCCCGGGGCAGCUCGUCUUACCUUUGGCCAGCACUAUGGUUCCGACAGUACCACCACUCCAACGAUUCCAAAAAGUUCCGUCACUACCACAACCACGACCACUACCGCUUCUUCCCAGCCCGAGGAGGUACCGAACAAUGAACUUGAGUUUGGAAGUGAAUCUGCAACCCAAAGCGCCCAACGCCGUGGAGAUAAUGCCGAAGCCUUACUGCGUCACAGCGGUGGCCAGUAUUCCGCCUUCGAUAUGGCACAGUACGUCUUCUGGACCGGGGAUGAGGCCGGAGUCGCAAGGGCCGUCGAGGAAUUGAUCCAGAAGGGAUUGAUGACCCGUGAAAAUGCUAUCAAAUUUCUACGAGACAUUCGCCUCGGGAUAGACUACCUGCAGAACACCUACUCGAAUCGCCCGUUUAAAUCUGCACGUCACGUUAAAAAUGAAGAUGGCAGCACUGUCGGUAGUCCAGCUGAGGAGAUCACAACGACAACGACCGUUGCGCCGCCAACCGAGGCCGUGAUGACCAACGUUGAGACCACACAGCAGGUGACUUUGGCGCCCGAGAUUCUGAAGGUCAUUGAAAGGUUGCCAAGCUUGCUGAAGCUGAACGAACUUAGCGAACAAACGGAAUCCACCCAAGACUAUGAUGACGUGGUGGGACGGCUCCGGUUAGCGGAUUUCCUGUACGCCGAAUACUCUCUCGAAGAGGUUAUCUACCAGCUGGCUAAGGUAAUGUUUGUCCAGUCUUUGACUCAAGGUUCCGAGCCGGCUCAACAUGCGCUGCAGAAGCUGACCGAGUUCCUGGAGUCCGAAGGUGUCCACGGACGUAUUUCACCGACGCUACAGAAGAAGAUUCUUGAUGUUCUAUUGGCCGCUCUCGCGGAUACUUUGGCUGAGAAUCCUGAACUGAUGAAGGCAGCACGAUCUGCGCUGGGGAAACACAUGGAGAAGAUUCCACAACGGUAUACUCAGAAUCAGCAUUAAGUUAGGUAAAAUGGAGCACAUUUAAAAUGAUCGGGAUUUGGUUACCAUAAGAGGAAAGGAAUGCUGUUUCAUGAACUGUUAAACUUUGCAGGUAUUAUUAGAUUUGUAAUAAAAAUAUUGUAACUUAAAUCACAUAAUACUCACAACUUUGAGCAACAUCCAAGAGGUGAUUCGUCCAGCAUAAUAUCCAUGGAUCUAAUACUAGUAACUGACUUAGAAGAUACACAAAACAAUCUUAAAACAUCAUUUUCAGCUGAAAAAAAUUGCAUCCUAAAAGCAGCAAACGAAAAGUAAUGUUUUGUCUGCUGGGAAAAGAAAAGAUGAAGAACAAAAUGCAGCGCCAAUCAACAAGUACACUCUAAGUACUUCAGUGCUUUGGAAACUCUUUACAAAUUUUGCGAAAAAAAUAAUAUUGACAAGGGAAACGAAACGAAAGAAAAGUGUAUCUUAUAGUUAGCGAAGAGGAAUAAAAGAAAGGAACAGGGAAACAAUAAUAACAAUACAUGAUUUGUUUGUAAUAAGAAGAAUCAGAUAAGAUAAAUUUUAGGCAAGUUUACUGGACACACACUUUGUGUGACUCUUAACUACUCUAGUUUACUACGAAAAAUAACAAUGUUCUACUUAGCAGCACUAUACUAAACCUUACUCUCUAACGAAAAUGCUAGCAGUAAAAGGUCCUACAAACAGCUGUGAAUUUCCAUACUAUUUAGUUUUUAAAUGUUCUCAAGUAAAUCAAAACUAACCAAAGUCCCAAGUUCUACUAAAUCAAUAACAAUAACACACAUCUUUAGCUGCAAACGAGACUAGUGGGAAGUAUUUACAUUUAUACAAUAUUAUAUCAAAAGAAAAACACAGUAUAGAAAUGUUAUAUCUUUAAUCUUAACGAAUAAAUCAUUCUAUCUAAUGAGCGCUGUCUCAAUAAAACUGAA